GCUAUAAGGCAUAGCUCUAAAAAUGAACUCCGCUGUGCAGCAAGAAAGUUCUACUGCUGGUCGAGGAUCUAGGAGGGACUGGAAGGGCCUCAGGUAUAAGAUAUUUCCUAUAGAAGUUCUCUUUUUACUUUUUAAUUUCGUGGUACUUUAUCAUCCUCAAAUAUACUCGCAGCUAUUCUUUCAAAGGCUUGCCCAAGAUGCUCUGGCCCUUGCCAAUGAUACUACUACUACUGUGUCUUUUUGUCUCAACCAAACUUACAUUGUCAAUCGCACAAGCAAUGCUACCUUUGAGAAGGUGCAAACUGGUGCUAAUCAUUUCAACAUGUACAAUGAGGUCAUAUCAUUGAGUGCUGGUUCAUUGAUGGCAUUACUUUAUGGCCCACUCUCUGAUAUAGUUGGUCGUAAGCCAAUUUUCUUUGUUCUCUUCAUUGCUAUACUUCUCGCUGGAAUACUGCAAUUGGUUUUUGUGGUUUUCAAGUUGAACUUGUACUAUAAUCUGCUCUGUAUGGCAGUGUAUGGUUUAGGAGGAGGAUAUGCUACCAUGACUGGUGUUGCAUUUGCUGCUGCAUCCGAUGUGACACCCAAGAAAUGGCUGGCAGCUCGUAUGGGGAUCCUCGAAAGUUGCAUAUCUUUUGGAACUAUUAUGAGUUUCUUGAUUGGGUACAACUGGCUACAGAGUGACAAUUGUGAUUUUGUGCCACCUGUGUUAUUGAUAAUUGGUACAUCAAUUUUCUGUUUGGUUUAUCUUGCAUUUUUUCCUGAGCCGAUGAAGAAAGAAAAAGUGAGAAUUGAUGAUGGAGUUAAUGAGAACCGUGGCUUUAUAAAGUUACUUAAUGGAGUCAAGAUAUUUUUUAUACCAAGUUUUAUUGGGUUUUCAAACUGGUGGAGGGUGUGGCUCUUGUGUAUAGUCAUCAGCUUAGAGUCGUUAUGUGAAAUUGGCAGUGGUGAAAUCAUCAAUUAUUUUUUAUACAACAAACCUUNGGAAUGGUCGUAUCGUUUUAUAUCUUAUUAUGGAGCUUAUUUUAAUGUUUUAAAUGCACUUUCGCUACUUAUACUCUGUCCUAUUUUAAUCGCUUUGAAAUUUUGGAAAUACUUUAUUAUUUUAAUUCCUAUUUUUACUGCAGUAAUAUGUAAUGUGCUAACUGGAUUUGUAAGGAAAACAUGGGAAAUGUUUGUAGUUGGAGGAUUUUUAAGCAUUCGUGACAUUGGGUUUCCUGUAAUGCGAUCUAUGUUGGCAUUGUAUGUCAGCCCAAAAUUAUACGGUUCUGUGUUAACUCUAGCAUCUGCAUUGGAAGCUGUAUCUUCAAGUGGAGCUUCAAUAUUGUUCAAUGAAGUAUAUCAUCCUGAAGCAGUUGUUAAUGGUCAUAAUAUCAAUGCUGGUGUCAUAUUUUGGGUAUCUGCUGGAAUAUGGGCAUUGAACAUUCCACUUAUUAUAAUUUUGCUGUAUUUUGAUGUACGUAAGGCAAAAGUACAUAAGGCUAAUCCUGUCCGAUUGGUUGAUGAAGAGAAAUUGCUUGCUUCCAAUAGUAACAACUAUGGUGCAACCAUCAAUCAAUAACUAAUAAAAUUGAAUUAUUUUAAUUCAUUUUUGGACAUUUUGGCAGCAAUAAUAUAAUAUUUUUUUCUAAAUUAACUCAUUAUAAAAGCACACAAAAAAUAUAA